AUGCUAAAUAAAGCAUUAACUUAUUGUCUUUAAGAUGAUGAUCCAAUCAGAAUUUCUGAAUUAAUUGGUAUUAGAGAAUAUCAAAAAUAACCAAAAUUAUGUUAAAGCACCUUUGUGACAUCUUCUGAUUUGAAAUAGAUGAUAAUUAACUAAAAGAGAUAGAAUAGUGCUUAAUCAUAUCGUAAAAUUUAACAUUAUGAUGGUGACUUAAAACCAAUCAAUAAAACAUUUGAUUGUAGAUUGCCAUUAAAUCAAAAUUCAUGUCGAAAAUACAUGAAUCUGAAAUUAGUUUAGGAACCUACAAAACCUAAACUUUAUUUUGGAAUCAAGCAUUAAUAAUUUAAAGUAAAAUAAUUCUUUUCAUUUAGAUAAAAAUAAAAAUGUAAAGUAAACGAUUGGAGGACAUGUUCUGA